UUUUUGAUCAACUAUUUUUUCAAUUUACGCUUUCUCUUUCUUUUUUUCUUCUUUCUUUCUUUCUUUAUUUUCUUUACUUACAUUACCAUCAUUCCCCUCUUUUUAUUAUUUUAUUGAAAUACACCUUUUAACUAUGCCUGAAUUGAAAACAUAUACAAGAGAAGAAGUUAAAAAGCAUAACGUUGAAGGUGACGCCUGGAUUAUCAUUGACUCUGAAGUUUACAAUAUCUCUACUUUUGCUGAUUUACAUCCUGGUGGCGCCCAAAUCCUUAUUGAAUUAGCUGGAAAAGACGUUACUGAUGAUUUCUAUGGUUUGCAUAGACAAGAAGUUUUACUUAAAUUUGCUCCACGUCUCAAGAUUGGAACUAUUGUUAAUGAAGAACCUAGUAUCAGACAACCUGAAAGUGGUGAUUUAUCUAUUGUUCCUUAUGGUGAACCAAGCUUUUGGAUGGGUUUCCAUUCUCCUUAUUACAAUGAAUCCCAUACAAAAUUCCGUAUAGCUAUCCGAAAGAUAUUUUCAUCUAUUCAAGAAGAAGCUCAACAAUGUGAAGAAUCUGGUAAACCUCCUUCCAAGGAAUUAUAUAUGAAAUUGGGUGAACAAGGUGUAUUAGCAGCUCAAAUUGGUCCUGGUCCUUGGAUGAAACAUAUCAUUAAAAAACUCCCUGGAGAUAUCAAGCCUGAGGAAUUCGAUUACUUUCAUGAACUGAUUGCUCAUCAAGAAAAUGCUCGUCUUAAUGCUCCUGGUUUUGCUGAUGGUGUGUCUUCUGGUUAUGUCAUCGGUCUUCCUCCUGUUAUUCAUGGUGGUUCAAAAGAACUCAGAGAACGUAUUGUACCGGAAGUUCUUCUUGGAAAGAAACGUAUUUGUCUUGCUAUCACUGAACCUUAUACAGGUUCCGAUGUUGCCAGUAUUCGUACUACAGCCAAACGUACUCCUGAUGGUAAACAUUUUAUUGUCAAUGGUGUCAAGAAAUGGAUUACCAAUGGUCUCUUCGCUGAUUACUUUAGUGUCGCUGUCAAGACUGAUAAAGGUAUUACCAUGUUGUUGGUGGAGCGUGAUGAUUCUGUAGAAACAAAACCUAUCAAGACCUCUUAUUCUGCUGCUGCUGGUACUUCUUAUAUUACCUUUGAUAAUGUCAAAGUACCUGUUGGUAAUAUCUUGGGUGAAGAAGGAAAAGGAUUCUUUAUUAUUAUGGCAAACUUCUGCAAAGAACGUUGGUAUAUUAUUGCUGCUGUGAAUGCUGCGUCUCGUGCGGUUACUGAGGAGUGUUUCAAAUGGGCAAAUCAACGAAAGGUCUUUGGAAAAAGACUGAUUGAACAACCUGUGAUCCGGAACAAAUUAGCAUCUAUGAUCUCAGAAGUCGAAGCAGUGGAAAAUUGGCAUGAAAAUUUAACUUAUCAAAUGAGCAAGAUGUCACCUUUUGAAAUGGCUACUCAAUUGCUUGGUCCUGUUGCCUUAUUGAAAUUCCGUGCUACUCGUACUGCUCACAAUGUUUCUGAUGAUGCUUCUCAAAUAUUUGGUGGACGGGCUAUCACUAGAACUGGUAUGGGCAAGAAUGUGGAAGCAUUUCAACGUACUUAUAAAUUCGCGGCCAUUUUGGGUGGAAGUGAAGAAAUCAUGGCAGAUUUAGGUAUCAACCAAGCUUUGCGUAUUUUCCCUCAAGAGUCAAAAUUGUGAAACUACUUUUAUCAUCCUCUGAUUAGCCUUCCUUUUGUCUUGUUUUCUUUUCAAAUAUGUUGUUUUAUUUUGUUUUUUAAUAAAGAUAUAUCAAAUCGUCAUUUGAAUGGAGAGUGU